AUUUUUGUCCCAGUCCUCGGAAAUUUGUCGGGAAAAUUCCUUUUAUUUGUAUCAGAGCCUGCGUUUAAUUUACAGGGACUACUGAGGCCAUAAUGAGUGCAAUAGCGCAACAAGAAUCCUUGGUGAAGGAGAGUCUCUUUCAUUUUAUUACCAGAAACAUUCCCUCGGCCGAUUUAAAUGUAAUUGAUGAUAUAGUGCUCUCAUAUGUGAUUUCCAUUCUUGAAGAGGCUUCUCAAGACCCCUGCUUCGAUGUCGAUGGUUUCGUCGAGAUGAUGGCCGCCUACAUGCCGGAGUUCUCUCGCAUCGAAAGAGCACAAGUGAGCUCGUGGGUGAUUGAGCUAGAAGCUGAACUCUCACGUCGCGAUGAGACUGACUCACUCAACGAUGAUUCUGCAGGCAGCGACCGUAUCAACCUCACGCUGCAGAGCCUUAGCGAGAUGCUGCCUCCAGCGGCCCCGGCCAAGGCUGUUCGAUCCCACACCAACUCUGAGAGUUCUGAGGGAGCGGAGGGCGGUCGUCGUGCUCCUAUGAUGGAUGGUGAUGAACUCUCCGCUCAGUGCGGAGUGUUGCAGGAGAUGUUCCCGAAUACUUGCACCAUGGAGAUCAAGCACUGCGUGUCCAUAGCCAACGGUGACGUCGAACGCGCGGCCGCCACGCUGCUACACCGGCGCGAGCAAGGUCAAGCGCUGUCGGCGGCCGCCUUGCACACCGUGACGUCACGCCAGCCGCUGUGCGACGACAGCGAGCUCAAGAGCCGCAUCAUCGCGCGUUACUCCUACGUGGACAAGAAUUCUGACCAAAAGGAACACAAGCCGCUCGCUCCAAAGAUCGAGCCGAAGAAGAUGGUCCGCUAUAGAGACAACAAGAUCGUCUCGCUCAAGGGAGAGAGGUACACUGAGGUGAGUGGGAUAGAUAGAGAGAGAUAGGGGGAUAUACAUAGUCAGGAGAGAGAGAGA